AUGCUCGGUCUCCGGACCAUGGCAUCUCUCCCCGUUGACAACGAAACUCCACCCUUUAGCACACUUUACAAAUGGAAAUAUGUGGAUUUUGAUUUUCCAUCUGAGAGACACCGACAGCGAGCUAUCUCUAAUGGCGACUACAUUCCAGAAAACUGCUUACCUCUCGGUUUAGAAGUAUGGGGUAAUCGUAUCUUCGUGUCGUUGCCGAGUUGGAGACGAGGAAUACCGGCAACCUUGACUACUGUGUCCCGAACUGGAGGGAACUCAUCACCGCUACUUAAACCAUAUCCUGACUGGAGCUAUCAUAGAGCCUAUGAUAAAGGCAAGAACUGUACAGGAUUAACGUCGGUGUUUAGAAUGAAUGUCGAUUCCUGUGGAAGACUGUGGGUCUUGGAUGCUGGUCAAAUAGAUUCUCAGGACUCACCCAAACAAAUAUGCCCUCCAAGUUUGGUUGUGUUUAAUCUAGAAAAAGAUAUACCAAUCGCCAGAUAUGUUAUUCCCAAAAAAUACGUCCUUGAAGAUUCCCUAUUUUCUAACAUAAUUGUGGAUACGAGAUUACACGAUUGUUCUGACUUAUACGUGUACAUAGCAGAUACUUGGCGUUUCGGUCUUAUCGUGUUUAGGGAGAGUGACCAAAUGUUCUGGCGGUUUAAUCACCACCUCUUCUUCCCAGAUCCACUUGCUUCGAAUUUUACUCUUCACGGACUAAAUUUUCAAUGGACAGAUGGUAUAUUAGGUCUUGCAUUAUCUCCUAUCCAUCCCUACGGAGAUCGAAAACUAUUUUUUCAUCCGAUGUCCAGUUAUAGGGAAUUUUAUGUUCAAACUUCUGUACUAAGAGAUCCUUCACGAGUUAACAGUAGCGCCAAUGAAUUUCGUUUACUCGAAGAAAGUCGGGGACCAUUCGGCCACUCAUCAGCGUCAGCUAUUGACAGAAAUGGUAUCAUGUUCUAUGGCCUAGUAACGAGAGAUAGCAUCGGAUGUUGGGAUACAAGGAAGCCGUAUGUCAAAAGCUAUUUAGGGAUUGUUGCGAAAAACACUGAGACAUUAAUAUUUCCUAAUGAUAUAAGGAUAUCACAAGAGGAGCGACAGACAAUGUUUGUGAUAUCCAAUCGGCUGCCAAUGUAUCAGGAUGGACCCUUGGACCCCGAGGACUACAACUAUCGUAUAAUGUUUGCUGACACUUUAGAUGCUGUUCACGGAACUUUGUGUGAUCCUUCCUUCAUCCCCUUUCAAAACACCCAACGGGUCCACCGAUAA